GUAAGACCUGAAGCAACAGAGGGAAAAAAGCAUUUACACACUCCUCUCACUCACUCACUAGCCAACACACACACACAAAGAGAGAGAGAGAGAGAGAUCACUUACAGGAACAAAGCAGAGACGACAAUUGGACAUGCUGGUGCAGAGUAAACUGCCCCUCCUGUGGGCCUGCCUGCUGCUGACCACCACCCUCUGCCCCAGCACCCAGGGCAAGCGUGGAGGCGGCUUCCGGGGCAGGGGCAAAGGCGUGGGCAUGGGCAGCAAGGUGCCCUCCUCCCAGAGCGGCGGCUCGUCCAAGCAGGGGCUGAAGCUGGCAGGCGCGGCGGCCGCCGGGGCGAUCGGUGGGGCAGCCAUCGGGUACGGACUCGGCUCGCUGGGCAAGAACCGCUACGGGCACGGCUACGGGCAAGGCUACGGGCAAGGCUACGGCUAUGGCAACGGCUACGGGGAGGACCGGGGAGGGUAUUCUGCAGAAGGCCCUGGGUUUAACAACCAGUCCAACUACCGGUACUACAGAGGGGCAGCUGGCGCCAGACCGGUGGCUUCCGUGCUGACCGCGCUGGUGCCGCUGGUACCGCUGGUUUUGGCGCAGUGGGCCGGAGUCGUGUAGUGGCGCGCUUCCCUUUGUGGGGUUUCUGGACACUAGCUGGACGGCUGAUGCCUAACGCCCCCGCGGCCCACGCACCGCGGCCGCUCUCCUGAUCCAGUCAGUCAGGGUGUCCGGAACCACCCAGAAGGGUUCGGCCUAGACGGCAGAUGGGUCCAGGGCAGACAUGGUCGCUUUAGAACCAUUCCGGAACCAUUCUAGAAGCACUCCGGAACCAUCCCAGGCCAAACCAGAUGAGAGCUAUUUUGAAAGAGUGUGUGUAUAGCAGUGCAGUGUGUGGAUCACUGUCCCUCACUUGUUACUGGCAUAUCAGACAGAGAAAGAAUAAUACAUGUAAUGUGGUUAGAAUAUCUAAUUACGUUAAAGACUGAAUGUGUAGAUUGCUUUCUGAUUAAAACUGUUAAAUAUGUGUAAUGUUGUGUUCUAGUGUGAAAGACUAAAGCAAACAAGCCUUGUAUUUGUGGGAAAAAAAAUAGCCUAUUCUACAGCAAUACAAAGAAAUAAAAUUGAAUUUUAUGCUGAA